AUGGGCAAGAAAACGGUGACAUCGGUCAAUAAGAGCAAAGAAAAGAGGCAAGCACGAAAAUUAGAACAACGUCGCAUCGCUGAUGGAAUGGGCUUUGUCACAAAAGCUAACAAGUUGGAAGACCUAGCUGGCUUGUGUAAGGAACUUCUGGUGUAUAAAAGCAAUGAACUUGACGUUGAAAUGUACAUACAAAAAGUCAUGGACUUAGACAAAAACACAUUGCAAUGGGCAAUAGACCUCACUGAAAGAAAUAUGAAAAGUCUAUAUGAAACCUGUGCUUGGGGCUGGAACAGAGAUCGCAAGGUUGAAGAAAUGACAGAUGAUGCAGCUUGGUAUCUCAUCGCUAAGGACAAGGAUAACUUAUUAGCAUUCUCACAUUUUAGAUUUGAUAUGGACUUUGGAGUUCCUGUGUUGUACUGGAAAACAAUGGAAAAGACUGGUGAAUUUUCUCAAAAGCUUCCUUUGAGCGAUAACCUGUUUCGGCCACCACCGUAUACAGUGAGUGCAAAAGUAACGAAAGAGCUUAUAUAG